UGCGGUAUUAUCUGGUUCACUGGAAAUUGUCAAAUAUUUAGUUGAACACGGUGCUGAUGUAAAUUUAUAUGCCUCCAGAAGUGAUAGUCCUCUUCACACUGCAGCAUCAUCUGGUUCACUGGAAAUUGUCAAAUAUUUGGUUGAACAUGGUGCUAAUGUAAAUUUGAAUAGCUCGAUCGUUGGUACUGCUCUUCACUCUGCAGCAUCAUCUGCUUCACUGGAAAUUGUCAAAUAUUUGGUUGAACAUGGUGCUAAUGUAAAUUUGAAUAGCUUGAUCGUUGGUACUGCUAUUCACUCUGCAGCAUCAUUUGCUUCACUGAAAAUUGUCAAAUAUUUAGUUGAACAUAAUGCUGACGUAACUUUUGAAAAUUAUCGUGUUGGCAGUCCUCUUCACUCUGCAGCAUCAUCUGGUUCACUGGAAAUUGUCAAAUAUUUAGUUGAACAUAAUGGUGAUGUAAAUUGUGAAAUUGAACAUGUUGGUAGUCCUCUUCACUCUGCAGCAUCAUCUGGUUCACUGGAAAUUCUCAAAUAUUUAGUUGAACACGGUGCUAAUGUAAAUUUGAAUACCUCGUUCGUUGGUAGUCCUCUUCACUGUGCAGCAUCAUCUGCUUCACUGGAAAUUGUCAAAUAUUUAGUUGAACAUGGUGCUAAUGUAAAUUUCAAGUUGGUAGUCCCCUUCAUUCUGCAGCAUCAUCUGGUUCACUGGAAAUUGUCAAAUAUUUAUUUGAACAUAAUGCUGAUGUAAAUUGUGAAAAUGGUCGUGUUGGUAGUCCUCUUCACACUGCAGCAUCAUCUGGUUCACUGGAAAUUAUCAAAUAUUUAGUUGAACAUGGUGCUAAUGUAAAUUUGAAUACCUCGCUCGUGGGUAGCCCCCUUCGCUCUGCAGCAUCAUCUGGUACACUGGAAAUUGUCAAAUAUUUAGUUGAACAUGGUGCUAAUGUAAAUUUGAAGACCUUGGUCGUUGGUAGUCCUCUUCACUCUGCAGCAUCAUCUGGCUCACUGGAAAUUGUCAAAUAUUUAGUUGAACAUAAUGCUGAUGUAAAUUGUGAAAAUGGUCGUGUUGGUAGUCCUCUUCACUCUGCAACAUCAUCUGGUUCACUGGAAAUUGUCAAAUAUUUAGUUGAACAUGGUGCUGAUGUAAUUCACAAUGCUGCUCAGUUUGGUUCAUUGGAAAUGGUUAAAUACUUAGUUGAACAUGGUGCUGAACUAACAAAUGAAGAAAAUCUUGACAUGCGCGCAAUUCUAUUUCUGGCUUGUGAAGAUGGAAAUCCUACUAUUGUUGACUACCUUCUCCAACAUGGAGCGAUUAAAGACAUGAAUAACUGGAAAUUGCAAUCUCCUUUACGUAUAGCGUGCCGGAAAGGUCACACCACUGUAGUUCAAAUAUUACUGAAAUAUAACGUUGAUAUACAAAAAGAGAAGGAACCAUUAAUAUGUGGCAAUGACGAGAUCAUAAAUAUUUUGAAUGUGGAUUUAAAGAAGUCCCUUAAACAUCGAGAAAAAAUUCAGAUUUUGAAAGGAAUAGACAACGUAAACUUGACAAAGGUAAUAUUAUAUUUUUUGUUGCAUGCAGAGAAAAAUUGUCUAUUUAUUGGUUAUUAAUGUUGGCUUAAAAGGGCAGAUAAUGUGGAGCAUACCGUGUUGCGGUGUUGUCCGUUUAAUCGAGUGCCCGUUUCAUAUUUUUAUUGUGUUUUGUCUCAAGAUUUCAAUCACAUCAUUCGCAAAAUUGCUGAAUUAUAUUGCAGGUCCAUGACUUCAACUUUUGGCCAGGCGAUUCAAUAAUAUUAAUUGUUUACCUAAAAUUUAUCACCAAUAGAACAAUGCAUUUUUGCUUUCUUUCAUCAUAUUAUUAGCAUCUAAUAAUUUACACCAAACAAAUACUUUUCAUCUUUCUUAUAUUCAUUUUCAAAUGAAUGGCUACAAAUCAAUCAACAUUACUUCUUUCAAGGGACAGUUGGGAAAUUUCUUAACUUGGUUACAUAAUUAUGUAUCUUUUCAUGCUCCAGCGGAAAUAAUUCUGAAUUCAAAACCAUACUCGAUGUAGAACUAUUUCAUUCGUCAGUCAUAUUGAUAAAAAAAUUCUUUUUUGUACCAUAGGUUGGACCGCCUGUGAAGUAUUUUUCACCUCAGAAGUCUUUGAAACUUGGCAAAGGUUCAAUGGGUGUUGUUUAUGUUGGUAUCUUGGAAGAUGGUGCUGAAGUGGCUGUGAAGAGGAUCUUAAAACAAGAGUUUGAAGACACAGCUAAAAAUGAGCUAGAAAUUCUGAGUCGAAUUGAUGCAAGCAAGUCACCAUUUAUAGUAAGCUAUCGAAAAUGUUUAGAAGAUGCCACUUUUGUAUAUAUAGUUUUAGAUCUCUACGAAGAAACAUUGACAGAACACGUUCGUACUCAAAGAUUGGAAUAUCUGCAAGAUCGUGGUCCAAGAAUGAUUAAAGACAUCUUAAGCGGAAUUGAAUUUCUUCACAGUCGAAAAAUUUUGCACAGAGAUCUUAAACCAUCAAAUGUCUUGGUUGAUCUCGAAGGUCACAUGAGAUUGGCAGACUUCGGAAUAAGUCGUGUUUUGAAUGAAGAAGAAACCACAGUUCAUACAGGUGCGAAGGGAACCCGAGACUGGAUGCCAGCCGAAGUAAUUGAAGCAAUAUAUCAAGAAGAGAAAGGACGUUUUAAAAAGAAAUCUGAUGUUCAGGUCGCAGGUAUGAUCGCUUUCUAUAUUUCAACCAAAGGUGAGCAUCCUUUUGGUCCUGCGCUUGAACGAAUGAUAAACAUCUCAAAAGGAUCUCCUGUUAACUUGGACAUGCUUCGCGAUCUUCAAGUUCGGAAAUUCAUUUCAUGGUUGAUCAGUCAUAACAUUAAUGAUAGACCUUACGCUGCUGAUGCGUUGGCGGAUUCAUUUAUGGUCCAUGUAACAAAUUCUCUCAGGAAAAUUAUAUUACAAAAAUCCCGUACAUAG